CGACAGACCACCGGGAUUCAAGAUUGGUCGAUAGAGCCGCCAUGAACCACCCGACUCGACGAGUGUACACCGACGAUAAUGGCUCAUGAAAACAAGCCGGGCGAGUUGGCCCUCGUCAAAGCGGCCAGGACCCUCGACCAGGGAGAUGUCGAGACGAUUCCCGACAAGCUUGACCAGAUACUGAAGAUCUUAGAGGUUUAUCCAGGGGGGAACUUCCACGCCGCCGAGGAGGUGAUUGUCCGAUGGCUUCUGAAGAAUAUGAACGGGUCUUCGGCCGACGCGGAGAGGCUUCGACGAUAUCCCCUGACCUGGCGCAUCCUGAGCAUACUGUUCUCCUCGAUCCCUCUCUUUUCCCUGGCAAAGUCCCUGGCAGACAGGCGCUUUGUCAAUGUUCUCCAGGCGGCGGUGAAGGAUCUGUCCGAGGCCGAGGUGCAAAGCUCUUCCAGCCAGGAUGGGGAUUCCUCGGAUACAGUAAUGGCCGACGCAUAUCCCGAUGAGGCUGAAGCUAGACCUUCGAAGAGGAAAAAGCUGGAUCCCGUGUCGUUCGAUCCCGAGACGCAGAGGCAGUUGCCAAGCUGCCUACGAGCAGCUGAGGCCUUGUUCGCGUCGCUCCGGUCACUCCUUGCCCGACUCGAUUCGAAGCCUGAUGGGACCGGCAGAGACGACCCGAUGGGUGCGGAGCACAUCAAGUCGCUGUUCAGCUCCUACACCAACAACUUGAAGGACAUCCUUGCCCCCGCGCUCGCCAUCUGUGAACUGGCCAUGGACUAUACGGAAUUUAGUCCCUACACCGGGCAAGACACGUGGAUCUCAACUAUCUCCAACAUUUUGGAUCUUCAUAUCAAGAAAGAUGGCGAGGUGCUGGAUGUCGCAUCUUAUCUUUCGCGAGCAAGCCUCGGUAUGCUCGGUAGACUGACAGGCACUCUGCGUGACCAGCAACUGGGCUUAGCACUCGAAGUACAGACCAGAUGGGCAAAGGAUCUCAGACGCUUCUUAACCCGCAGCCUGAUGCUCCCAGCCAGGACAGCAUUUGUGAAUCGAGGAACAACGGAAGCUAUAGAGAUUGCGGUUCAGAUGGCAGCUCAAUCUGACGCAGUUUCCUACCCGGUUAUUUUUGACUUGGUUAUCUCGUCGCCUCGUAUCAUCGGCUCUCAAUCGGCGAAGAGGGAGAACGAGGCCUGGGUUCAAGCUGUCUUCGAUAUUAUUCAAGAGUCUCUGCGGUUUAGCACCUCCGAACAAAGACCGGCUUCAUUGCAGGCGAUGAUGGACAUGGUCCAUGGGAGAGAGGUUGUACUCUCUCUGCAGGGCUUGCGUUCGGUCUGCAAAGCAAAUGCUCUCCGUCCCGAUCGGACGCAUUGGACCUUGCUGCUCCGUACCGCCGAGAUCAACCCAGAUGUCUUCAUAGCCGAAGAGCGGCAGGAAUUACUCCACGAGGUUCUAGACCGAACACGAGGGGCCGAUUCAUUAAGUGACGAGGAUCUUGAGACGGCGACGUUGUUCAUCAUCACCUUGGCGGAUGGGUUUGCAAAGGCACGCGACCUGGCAGGUUUCGUCAAGAAAUGGUUCCAGUAUCUCGCCUUCACCGAACCUCAUCUCGAACAGACGACAAAUCGCUACCAUAUAUGGUACAACAAACGGCUCAACCACACGGUCGCCCUCUCACUCCAGAAGUCGAUGAACAUCAAGCAGAUAUCUUCUCUCCUGGACUGGCUUGAUUCGCAGGACGGCUUGGCCGAGGUCGCCGCCCUGGCCCUCAUUCUGGCGGCAAUCUCCAAGGAGAUUACCCAAGUCGAGCUCAUCGACGCCAUUGGCCAGCGCUUGUUCGAGAUGGUUUUCAGCAGGGACCGCCCGGCAUCACUGCCAAUGGAUGUGUCUGUUUGCAUAUGGUCUGUUACCGAGAGCUCCAUUGAGUGGGGAACACUUGAGCAAGCCGAGCUCAUAUGGGCACGGAUAUCACCCGAGCUUAGGGGGGUCCUCGAGAAAUCGCCAUUGGCAGAGGAUGCCACCCUUCAUGCUUUCCGGUGCUCUGCCGCAGCCUGGCUCGCGAGUUACCCUGGAGGCAAGCAUGAAGACGAGGCGGCUGCUACUGCCUGUGGCUUCCUGGAUCGCCUCACCAAUGGAGCUGUCCACCCAGCAGGUCCGGAGCUGAACCCUGCCGCGGCCCCCUACAUUAACUAUCUCUUGGUCGAGUCUCCGCAGCUACUAAGUCUGGUAGUGGAGAGGACCGGCAAAUGCCCGGGCUUCCUCCUGUCCGCUCUCUCUCCCGUUCCACAGGGCAUCAGCAACAACCAGGUUGUUUCCGAAUUUCUCGCAAGCGAAAACAAUAUCAAUAAUCGGAACAUCAUGGACAACUUCUUGGGCCAAAUCAUCGCAACGAUGGAAGGCGAAAAAGAAGGGUGGUCGUCGCCAGUCUUUAGGACGGCGACUGAGUAUUUACUUGCUGUGCCGCUAGAGGCAAUAACGCGCGAGCAACGAGAACAGAUCAUGGGGCUAUUGGUCGACCAGGGACCGCGUCCCGAUUCGGCCGUCAGUCCUGACAUCUCUGAUGUGAAGAGGACGACUAGUUUGAUGGUCAAAAUUAUGAGGAGGCCGACUUUCUAUCCAAACAUAAAAUUCGGACAUCUUUACGAGCUAGCUGCAUAUCUGGCUAAGCUGGCUGGAGUCGAUGGACGUCACGAGAUCGCCGUCUUGGAUGACUGCUUACCACUCCUGAAAGAGCUCGCCAUACUGACGACCAGGCAAAUGACGAGCAACAUCGAGAAGCGGGAGCGGGAAUACCUCCUGGAAGCGGCGUCACAGCCUCCGACUUGGUUUUCCGGCCGCCCUUACCACAAUCGGAUCGUCCGCAUGGUUCUUCUGAAGACGCUUGUAUCGGCACUAGAACAGCCUUCGGCGCUAAAGGCCUUGCCGGAUCUGGAUAUUGGGAGUCUGAAGCAGAUUAUGAGCGCCGAGGUUCGCAGUUCUGUGGGCCAUUUCUGUUCUACGUGGGAAAGGGGGGACCAACAAGACUGGGAUUCUCACCUGGCACCGCUACUGGCCACUCUCGAUUCGGCAGACAUCCUAGACCAAGCUGCCAUCUCCGAGGCUGUUGGCCCCUCGUUGCCGUGCUUGGUGGAUGCAAGCGAGCAGCUGUCGCUGGCUGGCUAUGAUAGCCACUGGGAUUUGAAGAUCCUGCUUGCAAGGCUCUUCGGUAAAGAACCAGAGAAAUCUAGUGCCACGGAUGGCAGGAUUCCGAGGCUGCAACGAAAACGGUCCACGCUUGAUCAGAAUGGUACAGGCGCCGCUGCUGGCGCCUUCGACAAAGCCAAGAUCUUGGAAUUCGUCGAUACUACGAUCCAAAAUGCGGACGAAGAUACGAAGCUCGAGUACCUCCGGACUUUACUCGCCAAGCUCGACGACGCUCCCGACACGACCUCGCAGUUGUUGUCGGCCUACCGGAUUGUCCAGCGUCUCGAAGGCAAGCCACACCAUGUUUGCCCUUUUCUCGAAAGCUUACUAACCGUCGUCCCAGGGCCCCAUGCAUCGCCAGCCUUCGCAGGCGAGUUCAGUCUCUCGACAGCCCACACGGCCCUCUGCAAGAGACUCCGCGCCUCCCGGACACCGGCCGAGUUCGUGCUGGUGGCGCAGCUCCUCCACGCGAUUCUCGAGAAGCCCGGCUGCAUGACGCAGUGGAACGUCGAGCUGACCCUCAGCACCGUCUCGGCGCUGAGCUCGCAGGCGGCGACGCACCCGGUCGUGUCGGCCCGCCCCGAGGCGUUCGGCUGGCUGUGCCGCCUCGCCCAGGCCGUCGUCAGGCGCCACCGCCUGCGCCUCGAGGGCCACCUCCACCUCGUCGUCGCCGCCCUGCAGUCCCUGCUCCGCACCCUGCUCACGCACCCCUACGCCUCUUCCGGCGGGGACGGCGCCGCGCCGGCGCCGGCGCCGGCGCGGUACCCACACUGGGAAGGGCACGCGCGGCUCCUCGCGCGCCUGCUCACGCUGGUGUGCGAGCCCAGCGCGGCGUCGGUGCAGCGAGGCGGAGGCGGGGGCGGAGGCGGGACGGGAGGCGGCGGUCGGCUCGACUCGGCGACGGAUGCGGCGAGGCGGUCGGCCGGCGGGCACAUGUACCUAGUGCUGAUGCUGUACGUGCGGCUGCAGCUGGAGCGGGACGUGCCGCGGGCCGUGAGGGAGGCGCUCGAGCCGGCGGCCUUCUCGGUGCUGGACAUCACGACGCCCGAGGGGAGGCGGAUCAUGAAUGAGGCGAUGGAUGCGAGCGGGAGGGUGGUCAUGAAGGAGAUGUAUAAGCGGUACCUCAAGUUUGGGAAGUGGAGCGGUGUGUGAGUGUGAGGAUUGUCGCCUGGCUGUUUGUGGUUUGCACAUGUCCUCAAUAUUCGUGAACCUGCUUCACCUUUCCAGGUUGACGGUUUCUGUUGUAUAUGAAUGGAGUGAGGUAGGAAGGUUUAUACAGUGUCGGGGAAAGGCCGUGAAUAAACGGUAUGAUAGCGAGUGCUAGUAACACAGAAGAGUGUGAACAGAAGAGCGGGCGUGUGUAUAUAGGGGCUGUAAGGGGGAAUAGAAACACACUAAACCGAAGUACCCAAAAGGAGUCCAACCAGAACCCUACGGGUUCAUGCCAUUCCAAAUCCAAAAUGCCAUUCGGACCAUCCCAAACCAAAACCACAAGAGAAAUAAAGGUACAAACCAACCAACCUCUCAACCCCCAAGACCGCCGCCCACAACCCCACCAGCACCAGCACCAAUCUCCCCACCGCCAGGCCAAAACACC